CGGGGAUUGAUCGUGUUUUAUCUCGGUGAUUAAGUCCUAUGUAAACAUAAUGAUCUAGAGUUGGAAAUACGACGAAUCGGACUAUCAUUCCGCCGCUUUUUGUUGAAAGAUGGCGGAGUCUGCAGGUUCAUCGCCUGUCACGCCAGAAGAACACAUAGUGACGUCCGAAACUCCCGAACAAGCCUCGUUCUCGGUGGGAAAACACAUCCACACAGUCAGCCUUUCGCAGACGACAUUGACAUGGCAAAGAGACAACAAGAAAUCCGCAGAGACCAAUAGCGCCCGACUACAGGACCUGAUCGCAGUGGACGUCAAGGACGCUACAACAAACGAAAUCAGAUCUAAAAUGGCAGUCGUCUACGUGACACAGAAGAAAGACUUCCUUCUCAGACGCGUUCAAGUGACGUUUGAUGGAGAGAGGGACCGCUGUGAAUAUUUCAGACGGAAGAUGCAGGAGGCGAUUGAUACUUGCAAAGACAGACCACGACGACUUCUGGUGUUGAUCAAUCCAGUCAGUGGGUUUUCAACUGGCGUAAAGAAGUACCGCAAUGUCGUCGCUCCCAUCUUUGAAGAGGCUAAACUUGAAACAGACGUCAUUGUUACUGAAAAGGCCCACCAUACUGAAGAAAUUCUUGCUACCUAUGAUCUCAAGUCCAUUAAUGGCCUGGUAAUUGUGAGCGGUGAUGGAAUGUACCACGAGGCGGCCAAUGGAUUGGUUCGGCGAGUAGCGACCGAUACCGGAAAUGACGUCAACAAUCCGGAUUACGAGCCGUCUGAAUUUCCGGUCACUAUAGGUCUCAUACCGUGUGGCACGGGUAACGGGAUUGCUCGGGCUGCGGUUGGUAACUACGAUAUUGUGUCGGCAGCCUACUCUGUUAUCUUAGGUCACAAAUGGAGGAACAACUUAUUUAGCGUGUUCUCAAACAGGAAAUUGGUGACGUACAAAUCACUGUUGACAGGGUUCGGGCUCUGGGGUGACGUCAUCUAUAGCGCCGAGAUGCGCCGAAGUAUGGGUGUUCUGCGAUAUCCCGUCACGUUAAUUGAGCGAAUUUUCUUCAAGUCGUUUCGGCGAAUGUCACUUACGCUGAAAUUCCGAGCGCCUCCGGAAUAUUCCGAGAGUAACGACAACGCUUUCCGGACGGGUGGUCGAGAUACGGCGGAAAAUCCCGAGGGCGAAUCGAGAGAGAUCAAAUCCAACACAGUGCAUACAGCUGACGGCAUGACAACGAUAACCGAGGAGUUCAUUGCUUCCAUGAGCUUUUGCAACCCCUUCAAAUCCAUCACCCACGUGUUUAUACAGCCUGACUAUCAACCAGAGACCGCAGCUACUGAUCUGCUUCUCUGUCGUCCAUGCACUAAGAUGCAGUUCAUCAAAUUCAUCACCAAGUUUAUAAACUUCUCUGAUGAUUUUACAGAGAACGUAAACGAAAAGUUCCCAUUGGUGAAAGUAAGCGAGUACGAAGUGACGUUGAACAAUGCUAGUCCGCCAGACACGGACGCAGGACGCAGGGAACGUGUUAUGAAUGUUGACGGCGAGCCAUACCAUCUUGAGGAGCCGAACUUUCAUGUCAAGUUAUUUCCGGGUAGGAUUCCUGUCUUCUGCAACAUCCCUAGCGUCACGUGUCGUCCACCGCCUACCAAGUGACAGUAACCACCUAAGCUAUAGGAAAAACGGAUCAACACCUCGUAUGUUCACUUCUGCUUUCAAAAUAAGGGCGCCAACAUGAAACCUACUUUGGUGUGGUCAAUUAUGGCUUGUAUUAUUGGGAAUAACACUAUUAAAAAUAUUUUGAAAUGUGAAUUCAAUAUAAAUUUGGUAUCAUAGGAAAUAUUUGGAAACGAUUUUGUUCGCAGAAGGAGAAAAUGAAAAAUAUUUACCAAAACUAAUUAAAAAAAAAUUUUUUUUUCGUCAGUCAAAGAUUGCAAAAUAUUUCAUUUACAUCCGAUUUCAGUUGAAUUAAAGAGCAAAUAUACUUACUGUUAAACUGAAUAUUCGAUGUUCUUUCGGUCGCUUAUGUCACGUUUUUAUAGUCAGCAGUCAGCAAAUAUAGUUGCCCUUUGUCCCCUCCCCCGCUAGAGCCGCAACUGCAUACCUUUUCGUUGUUAUCUCGACUAUUCGAAGAAUAAGGAGAGCUAUACUACUCACCCUGGCGUCAGCCUGGGCGUCAAACUUUGGUUAAGGUUUUGCAUAUAAGCACUUUCAAGUCAAUAUCUCAGGAAAUACAUCAUGUUUUGCAUUAAAAUGAUGUUCAUGUGGCAUGUGUUCCAUUAAAAUGUUGUUCAUGUGACAUGUGUUUCCAAUUAUCUAACGAACUUACAUUAUCCCGUAAGAUAACUAUUUUGCCUAAAAUGCAAAUUAUGGCCCUUUAUUUUUCAACUGUGAAAUUCUAGUAAAGGCUUUGCAUGCGAGCGUGCAUACCUCAUACCAAUUCAGAAACCACUUGAUGUAUUGCAUUGAAACUAUAUACAAGAACUUUCAACCAUCCAACCUCCUUAAAAAUGCACUCUUGCUCCCAAGUAAGAUUUACCACAAUUAAUACAAUUGUUUUAAUAUACUUAAAACGAGGAAUUUAUGUCGAAAACAAUUGCUGUAUGAUGGAUACCUAGUUUAAUAUAAAAGAAAAAAGCAGAAAACACGGCAUUUCUACCUUAUGAGACGAUAGUAAAUCACAAUAAAUCUUUAAGCACUCACCAUUCAUUUAAAAGUUUUGCGUUUUCAGCUAUUAAAUACACGGUUGUAAUCUUGUUAUCAGUAAUUAAUAUUUUUUAUAAAUGCAUUAUUAAGUAUGUAGUUAAAGGUUUAUCACUCACAAUUUAUUUUUGUAAUACAUGUCUAUUUAUGGAUUUUGAAUACCAAUAUCACUCUAACAAAUCAAGUCAGAUAAUGAUCUUGCAUAUAAUGCAUAUUAUGGCCAUUUAAUUUACGACUUUUUUUAUUUGACUAGGAAUUCUGGGUAAAAGUGGGGAAUUAGUCGAGCGUGUUGUAUCUGUGGCCGCUCUUGUUUUAUGCAUUAUAAUUUUCACAUUUACAUUUUUCAAUAUAUUUACAUUUUUCAAUAUUAUUUCACAUAUUUCUUAUAAUGCUGUUUUUUGUCUUAAUUUAGGAUUUCAUAUAUCUUUACUUAUGUCAAAACCAGGAACCUCAUUACUUAUUGUUGUUAAUGGUCACAUUGUACUUGUUUAGCUGUUGUAAUAUCCCUAGUAAUUAUGAUGUACAAUUAUCUUCAUAAUAAGUUAAGGAAGUUCUGAAAUGAAUGAAAUAUUGCGAAUAUGUCUGUGUUAAGAAUGCAUCUUACGACGUCUUAUGUUAGGACACAGUUCUUAGGAUUUUGUGUAUGCCAGUUUUGCCAGCAAUAUUUUCUUGUUUAUACAUGACCAUUGUGUAGCUAAGAGUCAUUAUGUUUAUUCCCUUCCUGACAAAUGGAAAAGAAUUUGACAGUUUACCGGUGGAAAUGUUUUGAUCGCUAUACAAUUUAAUUUGAAUGCAAACUACGUGGAAUAAGAUAAGUACUUAAAGGGACUAGAUACCAGAUGAUGCAAUUUGCAAGAAAAUAAAAGAAAAUUGUUCAGAACUUACAUAAAAUUUACAUCGUAGUAUACACCGCAGUAAAUCUUACUUACUGAUGUAUCACCGCUUUUGACACUUGCAUCUUUCGCAGUUUUUGCGCAUUCAUGUUCGAAAUUGACUAGGGUUGUCUACAACGUAAAUCCAAGUAAGCUUAAAAAUAGCGUCGGUAUAUUAAUAUGUACUCAUAAACAGAAAUUAUUUAAACUGGAAAACCACUAUGCGCUACGGGGAAACACAGAUGGGACAGCAACAUGCUUCAUGCGUUGAUUAUUUUAACCAUGUAAAGUAUUAUCGGCCUCCUACUAGCUCGCAUUGAUAAUAUUGGACUUGUUGUGAGGAAAUACUGUAUUUGCCGAUUUUGGACCAUCCGGUGUCUAGCCCCUUUAACAUCUGAAAACAGUCUAAAGAAGAAAAACGAAAAUAGUGUUUCACCAGGUUUUAUUCUUAUAGAGCACUUUUGAAUACUAUGUUCAUGUUUACAUUUUGCUUUUAUAAUUUUGUACCGAAUGAUCCUGAUUUUAAAGGAAUUUCGUCGGACAUAAAGACGACUAUCUUUAUGUCGAUAACAAUGCACUUUUUUAUCACUUUUAUCACACUUUUCUGCAACAAGGGAAGUCUAAAAUAUGUGAACACUAGAAUUCAAUGACAUUCCUGAAAGUGAAUACUUACAGUCGAACCCCGUUGGCUCGAACUCGAACCGGCUAAAAUACCGGCUACUAUCUUGGAAAAUUCUAGACAAGCGAGAGUGCUUACAUUCAGUAGAAAGAAAUCAGUACAUUUCAUCCAUUUUGACCCAACGAUCAAUUCGAGCCAAGCGAGUUCGAGCCAAAGGUGUUCGACUGUAGGUUCUUCCUGGUGCAGGACUGACUGUAUGUUCUGUCUAAACGAUUCUUUAUUUUGUCAAAUUUGUUAGGUGCUUAAUUUUGUGCAAUUUUUCAUUAAAUUAUGUUUGCGGUCUGAUGAUUUUGUGAAUUGUGCCAUGUUUGUACGUUUAUUUAGUUAUGUUAUAUAUUUUAAAUUAUAAGUAUUGUAAAUGUUUUGGUAGACAAUGUGAUGUAAGCAGACUUUAUCCAAUAAAACCAUUAAUGUU